ACCCCCAAUAAAUUUCCAAUCAAACCUUGGAAGAUCACCUAUGUAUGGACCAAAAAUUGCCUCGUUCCAGGGUGAUCCGAAGAGGAAAAGCGCAAUCUUCACUUCGUAGUCAAUGCUCAAUGCGAAUGCCAAAUCGCCCAAUAUCACCCGGGGUCAUCCCAGUCCCCAGGCGGGCCAACUGAGAGCAAAACAAACGCUCUUUGGCCAAAAACGCCAUAGUCCAUGCUGAAGCUUGGUGGAAAAAAGCCUGGUUGACUAAAUUCGGUGGUAGUAGCCAAAGAGCGGUGACGGAGCAAACAAUACCCUAACGCUGCAAGGGCAAGCGAGGGAAAACUCCUUUGCCUAAAGCCCUCCCAAAUCAUAAGACGAUGUCAUAUCUGGAUCGUAUUGGGAGACAAUCGGGAGGCUAUUGGGCAAUGCCAGGGUAGACUUGAACUCUACAACCGUUGGGCGAGGCUGUCAAAUAAUCGAGGGAUCAGCUGUUUCAAAUAAGACCCAUUUCUUAGAUCUCUUGCAGAUCUCGAUGAUAUUUUGGCGAGUCCUGCAUAGGAAAAAGUGAGGCGGAAGAUACAUGUAUAGAUCUGGGGUGCUCAGGGCGGCUAUUACCUGUCUCCCUUAACAGGCGCGGUUAAGGAAAAUGACUUGGCACCAGGGGGUGGGAGGCUAUGGAAUCCUUCAAGAAGAUGUUCGAACGUUCCAAUAUGGCACAGUUGCAUGAAAAUCGGAGAAAAGGGGGCCAGAGAAGCAAUAGAAAUAAAACAGGCAACCAGUAGUUCGUAUGGUAAAUACAAUACCAACACUCGGCAGAAUGAAGCGCAGGAUGAUCGGCAUGAGCCCCCCCAGGGCCAGCCAGACACCCAGGUUGCCCACCGGAUGCCUGUUCUACGCGACUUCUACCUUGUCAAUUUAAUAUCAUUUAAAGGUUUCCUUCUUCUAUAACCUCGCCCGAUCUCCAUGACAACAUGUGAAAUUUGAACAUCUCUCUUUUUCUUACUGGAUGGUUGAAAUGGGCGACAAGUCACUGUGCCGUAAGGAGGCAAGACCGACCAGGCGCAAUUUUUACAGCCUGUUAGAUGCCAAGACAAGACUCUCAGACAGAGUUGUUCAUAGCGACGUGUCACCUAGGCAUGUUGUGAACCCCCAAGCUCUUGUUGCUUACACAUCUUUUAAUUGUUCAUACAGGCGAUCUAUGAAAAGACUAUUGUCAGAAGAACUCAUCUCUGAAUCGAUGGGUACCCACGGCUACUACUCGGCCACCUCACCGAUAUCUAGUGCUCGACCAAGGUCUACUGGCGUCCUAGCAGACGAUUGCACUAUGGAAACACUCAGUAGUCACGGCAUGCGAGCUCUGAGAAGCCCCGCUUGCACCAGUGUAGGCCAUGUCGGCAAAUCUCGUCGCGGGGACGUCUUCCGAGUCUCCAGGGCGCCUCGGCAGUUGUCGGGAUCGGCUUCUCAGCAGCUAAAACCCGGCCUGCCUCAAUGUAUAGAUGAAAGCCCCGCAGAUCCGAAAAUUGAGAUCAAUGCGCCCAGGCAGGAAGAAGAGCCGCAAUUAGCUCAAGGGUUUGCGACACGUCCAGAAUUGCAAAGAUCACAUUCAACACCCAUUGCUGUGCACAGUCAGAAUGCUGGUGGAAUUCAGAAUGUUUCUCACGCCACAAAAAAGCAAGAGCAAGUGCAGGCAUCAUGGCACACGAGAAAUGAUGAAAUAAUAAAUCAAAAUGUGAAUAUGGUGGGUGGAGGGGCAGACACCCAGGAAGAAAAGCCUCAUGAAAUGUUUAGGCAACCGGACACGCACGCCAUUACCGAGGAGCAACUGAUCAAUGAAGUGCGGGGAAUCUAUACCGGACUUGUUAUGGUGGAAAAGAAGUGCAUCGAAAUCGACAGACAACAAGCACAAUCAAAAGCCGAGCUAUCACAGGCUCAGUGGCAGACACUCGUCUCCCUACACCGAACACUACUCUAUGAACAUCAUGACUUUUUUCUCGCCUCUCAACAUCCGUCAGCUGGUCCUGUUCUUAAGGAUUUAGCUGAUAAGUAUGCGAUGCCGGCGCGCAUGUGGCGGUAUGGAGUGCAUUCAUUUUUGGAGCUAUUACGUCAGAAGCUCCCCGGCUCGAUGGAGUAUAUGCUUGACUUUAUCUACCUCUCGUACUCGAUGAUAACAUUGCUACUGGAAAGCGUGUCAGGUUUCAAAGAGACUUGGAUCGAGUGCCUAGGUGAUUUAGCACGGUACCGAAUGGCCGUGGAGGAAUUCGAUAAGAAGGACCGCGAACUCUGGGCAGGGGUGUCGAGGUAUUGGUAUAACCUGGACGCAGAUCGAAGCCCGGAAAAUGGCCGUAUUCAGCAUCAUCUUGCUGUUUUAGCGCGCCCGGACGUUCUUCAGCAGUUUUUUCACUACACGAAAGCAUUGAUCAGCGUGCGCGCAUUCCCAAAUGCUCUCGAUAGCAUGACCCAGCUAAUCGCUCCUCUUAUGAAUAUGCCGGCAAAGGGAAGUUUAGUUACCUCGUUCGUGACUACUCACGGUGCGCUUUUCAUGCAAGCUCCGGUUGAGGAGUUUGUUUCUCGGGCGAAUGUGUUUCUUGAUACUCUCCGUAAAGAAAUUAGCCGGGUAGGCCGACAUGGGCAGGAAGGUGUCCAACUCACAUCUUGCAAUAUCUGUGCAAUAUUUCAAUAUGGGAGUAAACAUGGGGUGAUGGAAACGGAUUUCAGAUUGAAGUCACGCAGUCCUACGGCAGAAGAUCGCCUAGCGGCAAUGAAGUGGGCAUCUAGUGCAUCUAGUACAUCUGGUGUAUUUGGUGCAUCUGGUGCAUCUGGGGCACCUGGGGAAUCUGGGGCAUUGAGUGCACCCAUCCAUGCCACAUACAGCGAUCUCUCGUCCCAGCUUGCAUUCCGGGCGAGCUCUCUCGCGUUUCACACAUUAAUCGUCAUGCUCAGUCAACUCGGCGAUCCGAACAUGUACCCGAGUGUACAUAUCUCUAUGGCAUUUGUGUGGUGUCUCACACUUAACCCAGCUGCCAUACAACGACUGGAACCGCUGAUUCCGUGGUCGUUACUUGCAAAUUAUCUGAACACUUUGUUCCGUCCCGACACGAUCAUUUCGAAGAUCGAAGACGAAUCAUUCCCGCUUCUCAACGAAUCAACUACACAACAGCUACCGGAGGACUUUUUGAUCAGAGGACAGGCAUGGAGCCGGCUUUAUUACCCAGAAGGAUUCUUCGAGGGGGCUCCUACAGAAGACAACAGACCAUCAACAGAAGAACAUUCGACAGUGAUUCCUAGAAUGCAUCGAUGUCUUUGGCUUGGAGUGCGGAUUGCAACUUUCACCCGCUGGAUGACAUACGAUCAGACGCGACGGUUCACACCCACUCGAUUAGCAGAUGAAUUUGCGCCAAUGGCAGAAUCCCCUGCUUACCUGUAUGGCAGUCCUUACUCACUAGGAAAUGAGAUAUCACCUUCCUCCGAUCACGAGAUGCAGGAGGUUUGAAAAUGCGGUUGGGUGACUGCUGGCUCUGCUGCGGGUUCCAUUAUGGCGUAGGCUGCGCUGCUCGUCUUGACGGGGAACAUUUCGGGGCUGGUGGAACCCUAGGGAUUUCUUUUUUUUUUCUUGUUCAAAUCCGUGCUCAAGCCUUCUUGUGCGCGAGUCAUUCCUUGAGGCCCUUUCCGUACACGAAGACAGAAAGUGGAUCCUUUUCUUUCGUUAUUACCAGACAGGAAAUUUAUGAGUCUCCAGGACUACACGACAGAUAUCAGAUCUCAGAUUAUUCUCUGGACCCACCCUGGAAGGCCUGCCUCCACCUGGACCACUCCCCAAGGACUGGACCGUUUGGCGUCUCCAAGGAUUAUCGCAUCUAUUGCCAUGGAUAUAUGGGAACUUAGCCUGUCCCGGGAUGCUCUCACUUCUGUCCGUCCUGUUCCAUGAUGACCGGGAGCUUUCGCAGGCCUUUCUAAUCGGUUUCCAGGCAUUGGGCGGUGCUAUUCCACCGUGGUUGAAUUUGUCUUGUUGGAAGCCAAGACUCCUGCUUCAAUCGCUUUCUGGACUUGGAUCAUUGUGUGCCCCUUCUAUCCAGAAGGGACACCUUCAGAGCUACUAGAAAGAAGUCAUCAUUGGCUUCGCGAUGCGUUGUUUUACUUGCUAGUUGAACGAAGAAUUGUUGCGAGAAUACCGAGGGGACGCAAGACAAGGGAGGCAAAGCGGUAGAAAGGAGGAGAAAUGAGACGAUAAGAGAAGGAAAGUAUUUGAGUGAAAAUAUGGAAAAUUUUAGUGUCAGUCACCUUCCUAUUUGGGAAGUGUUCGCAUAUAGUAUAUACUCCCCCUUGUCCUUCUCCCCAACUUCCAAGGCUUUUUUCUUCCUUAACCCCACGUCCAUUACUUACAUACCUUUCUGUAGCCCAUUUUGUGGAUUAUGGAUAGCAGCAUGGCCAACAAAGAGUGUUCAGCACCAUGGUUCUGCUGUCUCUGAGCCAAUAUCUUUUGCUAUCUUUUGCUAGAGGCGCUCCUCUAGCUUUGCCCAUUGAAGAUAAUUAUGAGGGCGCAUAUUUGUGGAUAAGGCAAGAAUCAGCUCUUGUAUGCGACAAUGUCUAUUCCCGGAGGUGGGCGAUCUAUGCGAUCCGGGGUAAACGCGUAUAGACAGGAUACGCGUAUAGACAGGUCAACGAGCUACAAUAUACGUGAAUUGGAAC